GCGCAGCGGAACAAGAAGCGGAAAAAGAAGGUUUCUUGCUUCUCCAACAUCAAGAUCUUCCUGGUGUCCGAGUGCGCCCUGAUGCUGGCCCAGGGCACCGUGGGCGCCUACCUGGUGAGUGUUUUAACUACCUUGGAACGGCGAUUCAAUCUGCAGAGUGCUGACGUGGGGGUGAUAGCCAGCAGCUUUGAGAUUGGGAACCUGGCCCUCAUUCUCUUUGUGAGCUACUUUGGAGCCCGGGGGCAUCGGCCACGUUUGAUAGGAUGCGGAGGAAUAGUCAUGGCUCUGGGCGCUCUCCUUUCUGCGUUGCCGGAAUUUCUGACUCACCAAUACGAAUAUGAAUCUGGGGAAAUACGCUGGGGGGCUGAAGGGAGGGAUGUAUGUGCUGCCAACGGGUCCACUAGCGACGAGGGACCAGACCCAGAACUUAUCUGCAGGAAUAGGACUACCACCAACAUGAUGUACUUGCUUCUCAUUGGUGCGCAGGUGCUCCUAGGCAUUGGUGCUACCCCUGUACAGCCACUAGGAGUUUCCUACAUCGAUGACCACGUGAGACGAAAAGAUUCCUCCCUGUAUAUAGGGAUCCUGUUUACAAUGCUGGUAUUUGGACCAGCCUGUGGAUUUAUCUUGGGCUCCUUCUGUACCAAAAUCUAUGUGGACGCAGUCUUCAUUGACACAAGUAAACUGGACAUCACCCCUGAUGACCCUCGGUGGAUCGGCGCAUGGUGGGCAGGCUUCCUGCUGUGUGGUGCCUUACUUUUCUUCUCGUCCCUCUUGAUGUUUGGAUUCCCACAGUCCUUAUCGCCCAGGGUGGAGCACGCAAUGGAGAGUGAGCAAGCCAUGCUCCCUGAACGGGACUACGAGAGGCCCAAGCCAAGCAAUGGGAUUCUGCAACAUGCACUGGAAGGGGAGGACAACUCCUCCUGCUUCCAGCAGCUGAGAGGUGACAAGCUCCUCUGUAACUCAUUGUGUUUCUACAGCAGGUUCAUGGUUGUUUAGAUUCCUCAUUUGGCUCUGAAUUUGUCUGCCUCUCCCCCAAAUACCCUGUUGGAAUUUCUCUCCCUGAUUUCUACUAAUCCCUGAUGUGCUCAUUUUAAUGGGAGACUUUGUUCCACUUGAAAGGUUUUAGUUUAAGUGACAAGAUGUGGAAAUCCAGGGUAAGCAAUAAGGGUUAAUUCAAAAUAGGGCCAAAGAAAGAGAGAGGGGAGAAUGGAGGGAGUAAAACAGCAGCUGUCGGACGUUUUCCGAGACACUUUGUGGGUUUCUACUCUUCAUAAUUUCACCAUCUAGUACAGUGGUUGGCAACCUGUUCGUGGCUGUUCAAGCUCUGAGAGGAAGGGUCAGGAUCGGAGACAGAGAGCAGAUCAGCGGAUUGUGGUGCUCCAAAAGUACUGGGAGGGAAAAGGAGUAGGCAGUGCAGAGCUCUAGUGUCCCAGUGUAUGAGAGGCUUGGGGGUACGGGGCAAACGGGGUCCAUGGGCUGCAGGUGGAACCCCAGUGACCCGCGGUCUGCAGGUUGCCCACCCCAGGCAGCCUACUCACUAAUCUCAGUUGCCCAUCGCAGGUGUAGUAGCUUGCCUGUGCCUGCAGCUCACACAAUGGGAAUGGGCAGAAAGCAAGCACAGCUGACUCAAAGAGGUUUGGAGCUGCCUUUUGAUGGAGCCGUGGCAGGGCCAGCAGAAUCCCAUGCUCUUGAGUGUGAAGCAGCAAAUGCUGGGCACUGACCCAACAAAAUACAAGUGUGCAGAAAUAGGUUUGAAGGUGGCUUCUAGACAGGACAAGGCCAGAGAACAGUCUAGAAUAUUAACAGAGCCUUUGUUAGAGCAUAAAACAGCCAGCACGUGUCAGAAUAGAGUGACCCAGGUCAGAUCGUCAGGUGGUGGAAAUCAGCAUGGCUCCAAGCAUGUCAGCUGACACCAGCUGAGAAGUGAGUAUGUGUGUAUGUACCAGGCAUAUAUAUAGUAUUACAGAACUCUUUAGGUGAGACGGCAGCUCUAGCAGCACAUCUAGUCACCUCCCGCUCACAGCAGAGAGUUGGUUUCCUUAGCCCAUUAGCUUCCUGAGACACAAGAGCCAACCCACUUAAUCCUGUGCAACCCUUACCGAGUUCAUGGCAUGGUGUGAAUGAGGGCAGGGGAGAAAAGAAACUUGGAAGGGGGAUUUUGAAUAGGAAAUUCUGUUGCUGUUGCUGUUGUUGUUCCUUUGGAGAAGGUCAUUUGAGGUCAGAAAACUUUUAUAAACGAUCAAAAACGGGCAGGGAGGACUCAAAUGUGCUGUCAUCCAAUUCUUCAAGCUGCAAGGAUUUGGAAAUGGAAUGUUCCAUGGGCAGAGAUUGGCAGUUCACACAGCCAGUCCCUGUCGCCACUGGGCAUGUUUGUUCUAUCCAUCCAGAUAAUUGUAUGGCUCAUCACUAUAGCGUCUGAGUGUCCAUAUCUGAAUCUGAGCAUUGUAUUUACGUGAUGGACAGCAGAGGUUCAGCCCAAUUGGGUGGUUACAUUACAAAACACUGAAGUCUGAAAUUGAGUAAUACAAUUUACUUGCUGCGCCAAGUGGAAGGAAUUCUCUUCAAGUGUGAUGUGGGGAAACUGUUGUUGAGUUACUUGCUGAAUAAUGACCUUGCAGCAUAGGUAUUGUGUAUGAUCCAAGGGGCUUUUGUGUCCCACAGUUACAGCAUCUAGUCUUUGUAUCCCUAAAAA